CACCGUAGCGACAACACGUACUCACCGUUGACGCGAGCCGGCUGCCCUCGUGCUCCGAACGUAACUAGUGCACGAUACGCGACCGGUUUCCAGUUGAUGAGCGCGACCAGUGACACCUUUAGUGCUGUGUGACUUGCAGUGAAAUUCAGGCAUGUGCCAGUGAUGGAUUACUCUGCCCUCAGCGCGUGACAGUCCCUGGAUCCUGUGAAUGCUCAGGCGCCGGUAGAGGCCGCGCCAAUAUGCGCGCCCCCACGGUGCUCUUCGCCCUACUAGGGUUUCUGCCUCAGGUGCUGUCGUCGGGUUCCUUCGAACUUAGGAUAAAAAGUUUUACAAACUCUUUGGGUAGGUUAAGUAGUGGACAGUGCUGUGAUUCUUCAAAUAGUGAUGCGCCGUGUUUGGCUCCGUGCAGGACUAAAUUCCGAGUGUGCCUGAAGAUAUACCAAGCUAACAUCGACACCACCUCUCCGUGUACCUUCGGUGACAUUACCACCCCGGUCUUGGGUGGUAACUCCCUGGAUGUGCCCAACCUGAACGUAAUCGGAUUUACCAACCCCAUCGUGUUUCCUUUCGACUUUACAUGGCCGGGUACCUUCUCAUUGAUCGUUGAAGCGUGGCAUGAGACGAACGAAACGUCGAGAUCUGACGACACACUUAUCGCGCGGAUGACGAAGCAAAGUAUCGCUGAUGUAGGGGGACCGUGGAUUGAUGAAGACCAGCGUUGGGGAGGUCCCGGUGGAGCCCACCUGAGGUUAUCGUACCGGGUGACGUGCGCGGCUCAUUACUACGGACCGGGGUGCGAGGUUCUGUGCCGGCCUCGGGACGAUGGCUUCGGGCACUACACGUGCUCGCCUUCAGGAGAGAUCGUAUGCAAGCCGGGCUGGACGGGCGACUACUGUUCCAAACCGAGAUGCCUUCCCGGCUGCGAUAGUGAGCACGGCCACUGCCUCAAGCCCGACGAAUGCCUAUGUCAUUUGGGCUGGGUGGGCGAGUUCUGUGACCAGUGCGAGCGACAUCCUGGCUGCGUUCACGGGACGUGCUCCAAGCCGUGGGAUUGCAUAUGCGAAGAGGGCUGGGGUGGGUUGUUCUGCAAUCAAGACCUAAACUACUGCACAAAUCACCGCCCGUGCAAGAAUGGUGGUACCUGUCAUAACACCGGACAAGGAAGCUACACAUGCAAUUGCCCACCCGAGUAUACAGGACCUGACUGCGAAAAAUCAAACCAUUCGUGCUCUGUACGACCUUGUCUCAACGGCGGAGCCUGUGUUCCCGAUGAAGGUGGAGAGUUAUCUUGCGCUUGUCCAUCCGGAUACGAAGGUUCGCGUUGUGAGAUUAGAAGACUGACAUGCGCCGACCAGCCUUGCAGGAACGGAGGAACAUGCGAGUUACGCCCAUCUGGCUACGUCUGUCAGUGUCCACCUGGAUACGUUGGCUUAGAUUGUAGUGUGGAAGCCGAUCCCUGCGCAGCUAACCCUUGCCGAAACGGAGCAACAUGUGCUCGAGCUGGAGAUGGAUUCAAAUGCUCAUGUAAAACCGGUUACAGAGGCAACAGAUGUGAAAUCGAUAUCGACGACUGCGCGGGUAUUGUAUGCGAACAUGGUGGCACUUGCGUAGAUUUGGUGAACGGGCAAAGAUGUCAGUGCGCCCCAGGAUUCCUCGGGCCAAGAUGUGAGACUCGCGUUGACUUUUGCCUCGCGAAGCCCUGUGCUAACGGCGGUGAGUGCCAUGUACUCGACAACGACUACGAAUGCAGAUGUAGACCUGGCUUUGCCGGAAAAGACUGCAGUAUUGAUAUCGAUGAAUGCGCUUCUUCACCGUGUAGGAACGGAGGGACGUGUAGAGACAGAGUUGACGGUUACCAUUGCAACUGUCCCCCGGGUUGGGGCGGGAAAUCUUGUACUGUUUCAUUGGCGGACUUUGCUGCGGCCAAACCGGCUGGCGGACAUUUAAGAAGAGUGGGAGAUGAGAGUCUUGAGGAGGAGAGUUUAUCAGGGAGUCGUGUUGCGCUGAUUGCGGCGUUAUCUGCCGCAGUGCCAGCCGCGGCGUUGGCAGCUGCUAUUGCCGUGGCCUGCAUUAGAAGAAGAAGGAAGCGCGCACAAAAUGCCGCGGACGCAGAAGCGAGAGCACAGAACGCUGCAAACGCUGGUGGAGGUGGAAGGAUGAUCAGAAACACGUGGGGCAAAUGCGAAGGGCCCGUACCCGAGUGCCAGAACGCGCACAAUGCCGCGGCAGAGGAGUGCAAGAGGAAAACAUUAAACACAGAGAGCGCUGCGAGACUUUUAGCAGCACUCGAUCCUAGACUGUCGCGGCUCUCCGCGGACUCGGCGUAUUGCGCUAAUAGCGAUACGUCACUAGUGAAACGAGCGCUAGAAGGCGGAGGUGUGUACGUGUUAGAUGACCAUUGCCUGCCGCCCACGUUUGCGACGCAAGUGUAGUGCAUACAAACAAAUCAAUGGACCUUAAAUUAUUUAUUCAAUUCGGACGCUAGUGCGAUCAAGGCUGUGCGCCGCGUGUAUAUAUAGCGUAAAAUGUAAAGUGACCCCUGUAUAAACUGCUAGUUAAGUUCGGAUAUUUAUUGAACGCGAUCCAGCGCCUUGUAAAUAAUAAUGGCGGAACGGGUCGCGUCGUUUCCCGCCCCUUUUCGGCGAGUGGCGCCCUCUUACUGUCAAACCUCGAACUAAAUCAAACCAACUGUGAUCCAGUUUUAACAGCAGUAACGUUUCGAGUUUAAUGUGAUAUUUUAUGUUUUUUACAGCUGAUUAUAAUUGUAAUUUGAAAUCUUGCCUUAUGAAUUUUUAUUCGUAAUAGACAGUGUCUGGGCGUGGACCACACUCGCUGUGGGGAAGAGUGGGCAAAAUGUCCACUGUAUGCGAUCUCUGUAGGUAAACGUGAAUGCUCCCGGUGCGAAUGGUCCUUCGAUCGGUGACGCCACAUACUUCUUAUACUGCGAGCACCAACGUACGACUGUCUCUCUCUGUUUUGUAUUUAUUGUCUUGUGCCUUACUUAUCCUAUCUCGUUCCAUCUCUCUCACCCUCCUACAGUGGCAGAGAAGAAAUGACUGUGUUUAAAUUUCGUCUGAAAAUAAUGUUUCAUUUGGUGCUCAGUAUAAUUUGUAUGUAAUUCACACACGCUGUACCCUGUUUAGACUCGCACCAGUAUGAACCAAAACGUGCGUUAGUUAAGGUUUUAGACUUAAUUUAUCGAUACGCGAAUGAUGACGUAUAUUUUUUACAUUGAUUGUAAUUUUGUGAUUUUUUACUAAUAAUUAUUGUCGUUGUUCCUAUGUUUAUUUUGUUUUAUUAUUUAAAUAUAAAAAUCUUGUUCUGGUUUUUCUGAAAAUCGACACAGAUUUUUAGCCGCGCUUCAUUUCUUACCGGUAUGUAGGUCGAUUACCGUUCCUUUUGCGUGAGCGCCAUUUUCGAAUUCUCCAAGUUUUUUUGACACUUGCAGAAUACGUCAAACUCGCUCGCUACAUUAAUAACGCACGUAAUUAGUCUGUAAGUUAUUAUAACUUGAGUACUUAUAAGAAAUGUCGAAACCUAAGUCAUUGUAUAUAAAAAGUUAUUAAGUUGUAGCGAUCUAAGUAUAUUUCUCCAUUACUAUACGUAAGAGUACUGUGACAAUAUUAUGACGACAUAAGGCAACAUAGACCACGUUAACUUAUUUAUUAUCUAUGGCAAAUCACAAUAAAACCUACUUGAUUAUGAAUUAAUUCCUUUUCCGCCAUAUUGUUUCCCAAAACAAAAUAGCUGUUCACGAAUUAAUUUAAUUUGAAUUAACAUUAAAUAACAUUCUCGAUUUGAAAGACAUGUACUUAGAUAUUGUUUGAAAUUAUCGUUUUAUGCUGCCUUUUGUACCCUAACAUAGAUUUAAUGAAGGUUAGAAUCGACAACAUUGUAAAAUUUAUAUCAAAAUAUGAAUAGACUGAUGUUCAAUAAUAAUUCUUGUAUUAAUUUUGUAAGAUGACAAAUUGUAAGGAUAAAUUAUGAAGAAGUAAGCAACCGUGUGACAUAUAGCGUACUUAAUAGAUCGCACACACAUUGUGGUGAACUUUCAUUUUUCUUUUUAAGAAUUUUAAAUGUGUCCCAUAUGAUAUACCAAUAGAAUGUUCUCGAAAACGAUAAAAUAGUUAUUUAUUUAUUUGAUAAUGAUUCUUCAAUUUAUAUUUAUUUAAUGAAUCAAUGUUGAAAUAUUUUUGAUUGUUUACGACUUUCUGAUAGAAACAUGUUCUUGAUUUCGAAAUAAUUUUUAAAUCAUGCAUUUAUAGUAAGUAUAUUACUGAAUUGUUUCAAUUUCGAAUCAUUCCAUUUCUCGUAAAUUUUAAUAAUUUAAUUUUAAAUUUAUAAUGAUUGCAUAGGUAAUUCAAUAUUUUUAUAUGUUCAUUUUGCAUGACUGAAUUAUUGUUUUCAAUAUGAAAAACCUUAUUAUUAUUGUAUUAAAUAAUUUAUUAAAUAUCCAACUUUGAUUAUAUUCGCGCGAAAGAAAAAUGAAAGCAUGAAACGUCAAAAUAUUUCCAUAGAUAAUAACAUCUAUCGAGUCAUUGUAUCUGGCCGCAGUUGUGUGGUGGUAUUGCAGAUGUGUGCCUGACGAAAAUGUAAUUAUGUGAAGCAAUGAGAAAUAAAAUGUUAAUAAACAAUUGUUUACAAAAUA